CCCCAUGCUAUAGCAACCAGUCACAAGCUACACAUAAACUAUUCAGGAGAAAAAGAAAGAGAUACCCCUAAUUCUCUUCCUGACCAUAGCUAUUUCAAAUCUGCAUCACUUCCCAUUUCUUACUCAGAUUUCAGAUUUCUUCUUCGAAAGCUUAUCUCCUAUGAGGCCCUAUCUAGCAGUAUCACUUUUGCUUUUGUCCCUUCUUCUUUCUGAGGUUCAAGGGAUCCGCUUGGAUAAAAGUUUCAUGUCAUCAGUUGGGCAACAUAAAGUAGAUGAAGAAAAAAGUGCUUUGACAAAAAUACAUGACAGUGCUGUUCAAGAGGUCAUUCUGUGUAAAGAUGGGCACUGUACAGGAAAGAAUAGAAAACUUAUUACCACAACAACCACUUCUACUACUAGCACCACCACCACAUCAAAGAAUGAGAAGAAUGGAGAGAAUAAAGCUGACACCAAUUCAAAAGGAAAAUCGGGUAGUGGGGAACUUGGUGAGCAAGAGACUUUCAUGGUUAAAGGAAGGCCUACUUCAGAGGUUUCCCAAUCCCAUGACCACCACGAGCAGUUUCCGGACAUCAUUGACCUAGCUGAGAUGGACUAUUCUCCAGCAAAGAGAAAACCUCCAAUACACAACUGAGUGUUAGGAAUAUUAAAAAAAAAAAAAAAACUAAAAAUAGAAUGUAGUACUGUUUAG